AUGUCGAUGUCAGGAUCAAUAUCAAGAAAGAGAGUAGGCUCUGUGAGUCAGAGAAAUAAUGAAUCCGGUUUACCACCACUGGAUAUACAGAGUAUACAGAUGCCUUCUAACAAGACAAAUGCCCUUGCCCUCAAAACAGCAGCGCUGUCGUCUACUAAAUCAUUAUACCAAACAUGCUCGAUACUAAGAAAGAGGCUGAGGUGUGUGGAGGAUUUCCAGGCAUUUCUAGAACAACCAGCAAGUGCAGAACCGCUAGAUGUAGUAUCGCACAUGUGUCACCUCUUCCGUUUGGGAUCACCCUUAUGCCACCUAUACAAUCUACUUAUUCCCUCAUUCACCAAUCCCUCUUCACCCCUUUACGCAGACUUGCCAGCACCACCACCUAUAGAAUAUGAUCUCCCACCGUUCAUCGAAUCGCCUAAUGGAGUUAGGAAUUGGGCGAAGCGGCCUGAGAACGCAAAGAUGUGUCAGAGGUAUAUUGCCUCUUUCUGUAUGGCUAUGAAGAAACGACAUCAAGAAGGUAGAUGGCACAGUGAGAUAUGGGCUUUACAUGAAUUAUGGGGGAAAUCAAAUGGAGAUGAAAUCGAAGCAUACGAUUCGACCGGUCUAAUGAAAGUAUUACACACCGUUGAAGAAAUAUUAGAUCAUUUACCUGAAUCUGCCAUCUCACCCUUAUCACCUAUCACACCUCACACAGCAUCUUCGUCGAUACAUAUGUCAACGGCUGCUAUGAGAAACCAAAGGCAGUCUUACGACUUGCCAUUCACUAUGGGUGGGAAUGGUACGGGGUCAGGUGCGAUUGCCAAUAUGGCUGCGACGAUGAAUGGAGGUGUUCAAUUAGAAUCUAUACCUCAAAUACCCAAUGGAGCUGCAAAUGGUAAUGGAUCAUCAAGUCCGACUACCAUGACGGGUGGCGAAGAUAUGCAAAGAACCAAAUCUACUGCGGAUGCCAACGCAUUUAAAUCGGUUGAAGAACUCGUUUCAUCAGAGAAAUCUUAUGUACAAGAGUUGGAAAUUCUGGUUAGGUGUUCGCAGGAGAUGUUGGAUAAACAAUUAGUUUCGACUGAAACUAAUCAUCAGAUAUUUUCGAAUUUAGCUAAGAUUUUGGACUUCCAUCGAAAAUUCUUGAUCAAGCUUGAAACUGAAUACGAACCUAUCCAAGAAGGUCGAGGACCAAAAGCGUGGGCUGAAGGUGUUUGGGGUAGACCUUUCAUCACUUCCGAAGCUGAAUUCGAUUGUUAUGGUCCAUAUUGUGCGAAUUACCUGGAUGCUAUAACGAUCGUCAAUGAGCAGAUGCCGAAUCUCAUGCGAGGACAAGAGUUGCCACCUGCAGAGAGACCUUGUUUGGAUCCUCAACGAGAAUUACAGGCUUUCAUGAUCAAACCUAUUCAGAGGAUCACCAAAUAUGGAUUAUUGUUGGAUGCCAUCUUACAUGCUACCGCCAAGCACGAAUACCCUUUCCGACCUGAACUUGAAGAAGCAUCAGCAGCCGUCAAACGUAUAGCGGCCAGCAUAAACGAAGUGACAGACUUCAAGGCCAAACAAGCUACCGUUAGAGAAUUGAUGGACAGAGUGGAAGAUUGGAAAGGUCAUGAACUGGAUAGGUUUGGUGAUUUAUGGUUAGAUGAUCAUUUCACCGUGACCAAAGCGGAUCAGCCAAGAGAAUACCAUGUCUUCCUAUUCGAGAAGAUGAUGUUGUGCUGUAAAGAAGUAAUGCCAGAAAGGAAGAAGUCCAGCAAGAACUCCAGUAUGUUGAGGAAGGAUAAGACGAUAAGCAAAUCGAUGGAAAAGAGGAAGUUGGCUUUGAAAGGUAGAAUUUUCGUUAGUAAUAUCAAUAGAGCGGCUCUUUUACCGCCUGAACCAAGUCCUUCUGAUCCUUACGGUGUGUCACGAGUUUGUAUCGCUUGGACUGUACCGCAUCGACAUCCCAACGGCUGGCAUGAGGAUCAAGAAGAUUCAUUCAUUAUGAUCGGUAGAUCGGAAGAGCAGAUGAAGAAGUGGGCUGACAAGGUCACGGAACUCGCCACCGCUGAAAGGAAGAAGCAAGAAGCCAAUCGAAAUAGCAGAUCAGCUAUGAGUAGUGGAAUGUAUUCAGGCUCAGAAAAAACAUACCAGCAUUCGUCCUUCGCGCCGCCUACACCGAGUGCCGAGAAACCUCCCUUUGCUUUCCCGCCACCUUUACCUGGUCAAGGUAGUCAAUUCCCAUCUGCUGAAGACGAUGACCAAGAUGGAUUGAUUAGUGGAAGAACAACACCUAGUCUUUCCAACCAUGGGCAUGCUCAAGGGAACACAUCACCAUACACUAGUGUACAUCCUACUACCGGUCGACGAGUUCAGUCUCAACAAUCUAUGCCGGCUGCAAUGCAAGCUGAGUUCCGAGCUAGAGCGUUGACCGAAGAUCAAUAUGGGCCCUCGAUGACUCAAUGGAGGAGUCAGCAGCAACCUAUGCCACCACCUCUCCCUCGUCUGACCUCAGCCAUGUCGACCUUGUCUACUGCAAGUGAAGCGAGUUUCGGUCCCGGAGUAGGAAGUGGAUCAAGAUAUUAUCCUCAUCCUGCCAUGUCGCGUACGAUGUCCGGAGCUGGAAGCAGGAUCUUACAACGUGCUGACGAGGCCGAAGAGGAUUCUCCAACCGAACAAAGAGAAGCGUUCAACCGAUAUGGUCCGGCUAGGGGAAUGGCACGAGCACCUUCUCACGGUGUUGCGCCAACCGUACCGUACCCACCUCAGUUGAGAAAUCGAAGUGCCUCAUCGCCCAACGUAUACCAACAACCUCAAAUGGCACCGAAUUCAGCUUUACCUCCCUUACCACCCAAUCAAUAUCAACAGCAGCAGCAGCAGAAUUGGAAUACAUCUAUGGACCCUCAACUAUCCAUGAGUAGUUCGAGUACGCUGGUAGGCGGUACAGCAUAUUUCACCAAGCGGAUGUCCGCUGGUGGAAAGAGAUCAAGUGGUGAAAGUCAUUCGACCGAGACGUCCGAGACUACCUCUGAUCAACAAUCACCCGCUACGCCCUACGGUAGUGUCCCUGGCGCGCCGGUCUCUCGACAAAACAGCUCGGAAGUGGUUGGAACGGGCUCGUCGAGCGUAUUGAUCAAAUUACGCUGUGGAGAGGAUCAAUUCUUAAUUGGUGUACCGUCCGAUAUCAAUUUCCCAACUUUGUAUCAAAAGAUUCAAAAGAAAAUACGGUUAUGUUCAUCAUCACGUAAUAUAGGUGAAACAUUGCAGAUCAAAUGGAUAGACGCGGACGAAGAUGAAGUGACGAUCAAGUGCGAUGAUGAUAUCCAAGCUAUGAUUGGAGAAUGUAUGGAGGUUGGUGCUAGUCAUGUGAAUUUGGUGGCGAGGUAA